ACGCCCUUCAGCGGCACUGAGCGGCUCUUUCCCCCCUCACUUAGUCUCACUUUUUGGUGCAGAGAAGUCGCUUUAGUGUUGUCUAUCAACGGGCUUACCUCACUCACAGAUAGGUAAUCGCCACGCUUUUGCUGACUCACAGUGUCACAUAUCUCAUCAUCGUGAUGGCAAUUUCACUCUUCACCCUUGAACUAAUCUAAAUGUCAUCCAUCUCAUAGUCUCCCUCCAUUUUCAUCUUAUCAACAAUCAUCAUCAUAUGUCAGGGUUAUGUCAACCAUGGGAAUGAGCAGCGCGUGAUUGUUCCUCUUUUCUCUUUUCUCAAGCUCAUCUCACCCAUCGCCUCUCACUCAUAUUUCCUCACACUGAGAUAGAGCGGCAUGAGACACAGCAUAUCAUGGCCUCGCACUGCCUUGCGCAGCAGCGGCCAACUAUCACAGCGAUGCAGACUAUCACAGGCGGCAUGCAUACCUCACACGCAGACGCAGACGAGAUGUCUGAGUGCGGCGGCCGCUGCAGCCCAAGUCACACCGAGCUCCCAACACCAGCCACUCACCACCCGCCGGAGUCUCAUCAAGGAUGCGAAGCCCUUCUCCGACUUCCUCACCGAUACCUUCCACCGCCAGCACGACUACCUCCGCAUAUCCGUCACGGAACGCUGUAACCUUCGCUGCCUCUACUGCAUGCCCGAAGAAGGCGUGCCGCUCUCCCCGACAAAGGAACUCCUCACCACCCCGGAAAUUGUCCUCCUCUCCUCCGUCUUCGUCUCCCAGGGGGUCACCAAGAUCCGCCUGACGGGCGGGGAGCCCACGGUGCGCCGCGACAUCGUCCCGCUCAUGCACCAGAUCGGCGCCCUCCGGCCCCACGGCCUCCGGGAGCUGUGCCUGACCACCAACGGCCUCUCCCUCCACCGCAAGCUCGACAGCAUGGUCGAAGCCGGCCUCACUGGCGUCAACCUGAGCCUCGACACCCUGGACCCGCACAUGUUCCAAAUCAUGACCCGGCGCAACGGCUUCGACGCCGUCAAGAAGAGCAUCGACCGCAUCUUUGCCCUCAACAAGGCCGGCGCUGGCAUCAAGUUCAAAAUCAACUGCGUCGUCAUGCGCGGCCGCAACGACGCCGAAAUCGCCCCCUUUGUCGAGAUGACGCGCGAAAAGGACGUCGAGGUCCGCUUCAUUGAGUACAUGCCCUUUGACGGCAACAAGUGGAACAAGGGCAAGAUGCUGGGCUACGCCGAGAUGCUCGACGUCAUCCGCGAGACGUACCCGACCCUAGCCAAGGUCGAGGACCACAAGAACGACACGAGCAAGACGUGGCACGUCCCCGGGUUCGCGGGCAAGAUCGGCUUCAUCACGAGCAUGACGCACAACUUUUGCGGGACGUGCAACCGGCUGCGCAUCACGAGCGACGGCAACCUCAAGGUUUGUCUCUUUGGCAACACCGAGGUCUCGCUGCGAGAUAUCCUGCGAAAGUCCAACAAUGGCGAGCCCAUUGACGAGGCGGCGCUCGAGGCGAUGAAGCAGAUUGAGAUGGACCGCCGGCAGGGGCUGGCGGACGCCGAGAAGCCGCUGGGCGCGGCGCUCAACGAGGCGGAGCUCCUGGACGUCAUCGGCAUGGCUGUCAAGCGGAAGAAGGAGAAGCACGCGGGUAUCGGGGAACUGGAGCAUAUGAAGAACAGGCCGAUGAUCUUGAUAGAUUCGCAACCGCUUCAACCUUCUCGUCCACUAUCUCCCGUCAGGGUCUCCAAGCCAAUGUCCAUGAGCACGCCCAUCAGCUUCAACCCGGCACCUUCACGCCGUCCUCUCGGCGUGCCAAGGGUGCCCAUUCACCUCCUCACCCCAACACCACAUCACAACUCCCAACUCAGGCUCUUCUCCUCAACCACCACCCGCCGCAACGACGACUCCUCCGAUGAUAGCAAGACCAGCAUCAGCAAAGAAAACAAGUCACAAGCCCCCAAACCAUCCCUAACACACAUAUCCCCCACAGGCUCAGCCCACAUGGUCUCCAUCGCCACCAAACCCCCCACAGCCCGCAUUGCAAAAGCAGCCUGCACAAUAACCUUCUCCACCCCCUCACCCAUCAACCUCAUCCGCGCCUCCCAGAUGAAAAAGGGCGACGUUCUCGGCACAGCACGAAUCGCAGGCAUCAUGGCCGCCAAGCGCACUCCCGACAUCAUUCCACUGUGCCAUCCGAUCCUGCUCUCCCACAUCAGCGUCGAGGUCGAGCCGGCCAGCUCCUCUGAGGAAGAGACGGUGAUUUGCGUCGAGGCGACGGUCGAGUGUGAGGGGAAAACGGGGGUCGAGAUGGAGGCUUUGACGGCUGCUGGGGCGGCGGCCCUGACGGUGUAUGAUAUGUGUAAGGCUGUGGACAAGGGGAUGGUUAUUGGCGGGUUGAGGGUUGUGUUGAAAGAUGGGGGGAAGAGUGGGCGGUGGGAGAUGCCUUGAGGGGAUACUUGCUUUUUCAUGAAGAUCUUCCAUCAUUUAGUAUGGUUGAAAGGGGGUUGAAGUUGGCAGUUGGGUACUCGGAAAAUUGCAAAGGACAGGAGUAGAAGAUGUUGCUCGCUGUUGCUGAAUUUUGUCGUAGAGCAGAUCAUCUCGGACAAAUCCCAUUUGGAGCCAGACCAAGGUACCCCUAGAUAGCAAGAGCAAAAUAGUAAGUGACAAUCCCAAGUCAAUCAUAAAAACACCCCAGAUGGCAUCCAGAAAGCGACUUUAAGCAGAAGAAUAAACUCCUUUAUCCAC